AUGGCAUCGCUGCUAUCAUCGACACCUCCAACACCAACAAUCCACCUCAGCAUCAGCGUCAGCAUCAGUAUCAAUCACAUCAUGAAAUUCAAGCGAACAUGGAUACUGCCCCUUGAUACUUUAGGGGGUGGCCGGGAGUUUGACCUGUGGUCCCCAGCGGAUGGUUACUGGGAGAUUUAG